AUAGAUUUGUUCGAGGCCGCGUAAAAGGCCAAGCCCGCUGGUGGCAAGACAAAUCGCGUGACCUGGCGGCUCAUGGCACUUCGCCACUCCGCUUAAUAUGGACUCGAUAGGCUAUAUGGCAAAAAACCAUGCGGCCGUAGCGUGACAGUUAAUGACAAAAGGGAAUCUAAACAUGGAUGACUAGUGCCGCGCCCAUCUUGCGCACGCCUCCGCCGGCCCUUUUAGCUUGGCGAGCGGCGCAGGCUUUCACACAACCUGCACAUCUACAACCCUAAACACUAGAGUUGGAGAGCAAGCUACGCAUCCCGCGUCCUAAGGCCAGGCGGCAUAUACACUAGUUGGGUCCGUCUGCGACGACGAUGACAGACCCGAAGGGGCAAGACCUGGACGCUGAAAAGCAACAUGCAGCUACGUUACAUAACGCCGAAGACACUCUGUGCUCAGCGGUCCAGGAUGAGACGGCCGAGGACUUGCGGCCCCGGAACGUCAUCGUUCGGUUCUUCCAGUUCUUGGCGAGCUUUAUGAUCCCCGGUCUGGGCAUGUUCUGCGAGGCCUACUUCGUCUUCGCCGUCGGUAACCUGUCAGCGCUGUGGAAGGUCGAGUACAAGAACUGCUGGAAGGGAAUCGGCUGCCCGGUCAAGCUUUCUGAAUCAAUUACCUACACGCAAGUGUGCGGCAUCAUCUUUGGCCAGCUGUUCCUGGGCUUCUUCGCUGACCGCAUCGGCCGCAAAUGGGGCAGUGUCGCCACCGCCGGCACCAUGGUCGUUGGUGCCAUCCUGAUUAUCUCCUCUGCCGGACCCACCGAGAACGCCCUUUGGGCCAUGUUCACGGCCGUGCAGUUCAUCUUCGGCAUCGGUGUGGGCGGCGAGUACCCGGUCGCCUCUGCGUCUGCCAACGAGCGCGCUGAGAGCAGCGCCGCCCUGCAGAAGCGCCGCGGCGAGACCGUCGUGCUGGUGUUCUCCAUGCAGGGCUGGGGCAACGUGGUCAACACCGCCGUCAUCAUUGCCAUCAUGGCCGGCUUCGGGCAGUACGGCGCGCCAUACAGCAACCACGCCCUGGAGGUGACGUGGCGUCUGUCGUACGCCAUUGGCCUCAUCCCGCUCAUUAGCAUUCUGCUCUACCGUAUCUUCCGCCUUCGCGAGUCGGCUGUGUGGACCAAGAAGCGCGAGGCCCUUCAGGCCAUGGGCGGUUCGGAGGCCAAGGGCGUGCAGUGGCGCAAGUUCGGUCUGCUGAUGUACUACUACUGGCAUCGCAAUUUCGGCACCGCCAUGAGCUGGUUCGUGUGGGACUUCGCCUUCUACGGUAACAAGCUGUUCCAGGGCACCUUCAUCAAGAUCAUCAACCCCAGCGCCUCGCUAAUCCAAGUCCUGGAGUGGACUCUGCUGAACAGCUCUGUGGCUCUGGUUGGCUACUACUUUGCCGCUUUCACGGUGGACAAGCCGUGGAUGGGCCGCAUGCGCAUGCAGGUCAUGGGCUUCGCAUGGAUGUUUGUUCUGUUCCUCAUCUGCGCCGUGCACUACGAUCAGCUGCGCACUCCCAAGUACAUCCACACCUUCCAGUUCCUGUACUACUUCUCCAGUUUCUGGGGCCAGUUCGGCCCCAACGCCACCACCUGGCUGCUGCCCGCCGAGCUGGCGCCAACCGAGGUCCGCUCCAUGUGCCACGGCUUCUCGGCUGCCGUCGGCAAGGCCGGCGCGCUGGUUGCGGGUGUUGUGUUCGGCCUUGUGGACGGCCGCACCAAGUUCUGGAUCAGCGCUUUCUGCGGUCUGGCCGGUGUGAUCCUGACCCUGAUCACCAUCCCCGAUGUGACCGGCCUGGACCUGCGCGAGGGUGACAAGCGCUGGCUGGCCAUCCUCGACGGACACCACCACCUGUACCACGGUGACGCCAUCAAGCCGCGCAACCUGUCUCUCAUUGAGCGCCUGCUGGGCUACGGCAAGAACUAUCAGGCCGACACCUCGAACGAUGGAGCCUACAGCGCCACCACCACCAGCGCCUCUGCAGCUAUGGCGAUGAAGGGCGCUGAGAUGGUGCCGCCGCACAAGCAGCAGCCCACGGCAACCAUCGCCAUUGCCAAGUAGAGACGUGCGAGCUGCUGCCGGCGCCACCUUGUCGAGCGCUUGGGCGUGGUUGAGUGGGCGUGCGGGCAAGCCUACUGUGAGCGCCGUGGCGCAUGAGCUUUUUCAGCUAGGCUGCUCGUUACGCUGCCUUGGCGUGCCGAAACUGAGUUAGAUGUGCUAUGUUUGCAAUGACUUGGAUGUGUUGUUGUUGGGUCAACCAUAGGUAGGGUCAUGGCACGACCGCAUUUGAUGGAACCUUGGGGGAAAGUUUCGCCUGGCGGCUAUCGCGUGCAUGUGACACGCACGGCGACCCUGUUCUGGGGCCUCCUUUCCUUGGUAGGUGCUGGUAGAAUUGGUGAUAGCUUGUUAGGCAAACUGACCCGUAUGGACCGGCACUGGUAGUGCGGCCGGCUUGUUUCGGGGCUACAGCUAUGUGAUUAUGGAUUGGAGCAGCGAGGCAAAAGCGCGGCAUAAAAUGCCAGCGAGCCCCAUGUCACCCCAGGAUCUCUAAUGGAUCUUGUGGUAUCCGGUGGGAGGUUGCAUUGAACUCGGCGAAGCCGUAGAGAUUGCAGCUGUUGCAGUGCAGGGUGUUCAUUCAUCGGUGGCGUGUAGGUCAGCGUGUAGGCAAACCCAACGUGCAUACCCGUGCGUGGGCUCUUGCCCUUGCACCGUUUGAUGUCAAGUUUCUCCGUGAGCCACUCAUGGCGUAGGCUGCCUAGGAUGUUGUAGGGAUACUUUCUGGGGCCAAAAGACACAAUUACGCGCGCAUAUGCCUGGGCUAGUGUGGUAGGGCCCCAAUCAGUCCAGCAUGUCGUGCAUGUGUGUCUGGCGGGUUUGGCAUGCCCUGAAACCCCAUCACAUUGUUGUCUUGCGGGAGAGCGUCCGGCACCUGCUCAAGUGCUCAAUAUGCUCUGUCCUUGUAGACUACCGUAUCGAGAGUCCUGAUGGAUUCAGCGAGUGGCCUAGUGGCUCAUUAAGCCGCACCUGGAGGUGCCUCUGGGCGUGUCCACAGGCCUUGUUACCAGUUCUGUCGAACCGGAUCUGCCUACCAGAGCGUGUGCGUUUGUGGCUUGUGCACCAUGCGUGCACGCGAUAUCAUAGCUGAUUGACUCGCCGCGGCUGGUAUGCACACAGCUGAACGCGGCAUGUCCUUGAGCGCGCCCAGCAGGAGUACGGUAGUGGUGGUGGACAGGCGUGCCUAGUGCGGAGAGGUGGCGAGCUUCGGGUCGCGCGCAGUGCACAGGCCUGCUGAGGUGGAGAGGCAGGAGAGCGGCUACGGUAUGAUGAGCGAGCGAGCGUCUUAAUGGCGUUGAAUCAACGUUAUAGGUCAGGACUGUGCAGGAUGAGUUUGGAUGAGAGGAGCAGUACAUGGGAGAGCCCAUGGUGCGCCGCCGGUGAGGCUAUGGGCUCGUAGCAGUGGAGCCGUGGCAUAGACGGAGGCUGUCAGAGGUGUAACCGACCAUCACU